AUGUCGCUCUUCGAUACAAAUGACCUCAAGCCUCUCGUCUUCCUCCCUGUCCGCAUGCUGGGUGGCCGCUGGAGCCAGACUGAUAGGAAGAGGAGUAGUACUUGGAGAGAACGAGCGGCUGUGGUGGCCGCCAUCGCCGAUGCCGAGUCAGAGCUGGAGGGUCCUGUUACUGUGGUCUUGGACAAUCAGAAUGGUAUGAAGACGUGGAAGGACGUAUUGGACACCUUCCACGGCGUUUGGCUUACUCGGUGGGAAGCCUUCUGUCGCAAUGUCAACAAGGUCAUAUGGGUUCCGAGGUCUGAAUGUCCGCGUUGGGCCGAUGCCCUAGCUCGGAGCAUUGCCAACGAUGAGUCCGUGACCAUAACCGAGACUACUACCGAGGCUAUCCGAAGUGAUUACCCUCAGGCCAAUACGGCUGUUACCGCCAGUCUGGGAUCAUCGACGUCCUCAACAUCCGAUCCAGUGCCACCAUCGUCUACUCCUCUGCCCUUGAGCGAUGAGCCGGAUUUCGGUGCUAUCGAUGUGUGUGUAAACCUACUCGAUGGCCUCAGGAGGUGCUUCCUAGCGUGGAAAACAAGAGUGCCGUUCGAGGAGAGUUUCGAUGUCCCCGUUGACCCCGAGUCCGCCCGCCGAUGGCUCUAUGAUGUCCAGAGGGGGGAUGAGGAGUGUGGUAAGGUUCUCUCUCUCAUUGAUCGUAAGCUGUCUCGUUUUUGGAUUGACGAUUGUGGUCUUAUGCGAUUGAAAGGCGGCUAUGUGAUUCCUAGAAAAUAUGCUCCUGAUAUCGCUCGGAAGUAUCAUUGCUUCUACGGUCACUCGGACAGCAAACAGACUAUUGCAUGCAUCUCCAAGCACUUUUAUAUAUUUGGGUUGGCCAAGGCUGUCCAGAAGGUCAUUAGCCGGUGUAUUUGCCAGUAUACCCGUGCCAGGAAGGGGACCGACAGGCCUGUCGCAACUUCCCUUGGUGGUGCUAUGGUUCCGAUGGACUGUGUCUUCAUCGACGUCGUUGGUCCCCAACCCUUGUCAGCCAAGCAUCCCUACCGGUUUGUAUUAAGCUGUAUGGAUGCAGCUAGUCGACAUAUCUGGUUUUUUGCUAUUAGCUCUAGUACUUCUCAGUCUCUCAUCGAUACCCUCGAGAGUAGACUAAUCUAUCCCUAUGGUUGCAUGCGUAGCUUGCGUAUGGAUAAUGCUUCAUCAUUCAGGUCAACAACCUUCCGUGGAUGGUGCUAUUCUAGGGGUAUCGUCCCAACCUAUGUACCGUCAUUUGCUCCCCAUCGCAAUUCUCUGUUGGAACGACAGCAUGGUGUCUUGAAGAAGGUGCUCAAGGUUCUGUGUGCUGGCGACACUGACCUGUGGCCCCAAUUCCUACCUGUUGCGAUGGCUCGAUGCAACUCUCGGUGCUUGGGUGACAUCUCUACUACCCCUUUUGAAUUGUUCUACGGUCGCCCUUGUUGCUCUCCGUGGAGCGAUAGGUUCUGUGACCUCCGCUCGGGUAUCUCUGAUGACUCCGUCAAGUUCGAGGCUGACCGGCGUUUGAGGCGAAGGAAUGCCCAACUCAAAGAUAUCAUCGCUCUUCUAGACAAGGCCGAAGCUGAUAGCUUCCUCCGAACCCCUACUACUAACCCCAUCAACAAUCGUCGUCAGUUCAAGAAAGGUGAUUUUGUACUCAGAUGGCGCGAGGCGGCUCACUCCCUUGACUCCUCUUGGUAUGGUCCUUUCACCGUCGAUGAAGCGUUGGGCAAUUACACUUAUAAGCUCAAUGAUGGCAGCGUCCACGAUAGCAAGAAUCUAUGUAUAUUCCAUCCCGUCCAUCAUUGA